AUGCCGUUCAUGCAUGGAUCGAUGCCGCUUAGGCGGACGUUUUUCUACCUGCAACAGGGUAAAAUCAAAUUCCGUGACAGCGUUCAUGUUUUCGCAAUGGGGUUCAACCGUCGACCGACUCCAGAACAAGCCGGAGCUCGAGAUUUUGCUUACUGGCAUUGGGCACAACUACAGUUUCACAAUCCAAAAGUUCAAUUGGUCAAACAUGUCGACAAAGUAAUUACACCAUUUGCUACUGCUUAUUUAGAUGAUGGACGAGAAGUAUUUUUUGAUUUGGAAAAUAUGAAAAGAGAAGAAAUUGAAGAAACUCUUGCGAAGACUCUUGGAAAAACUGAGCUUGUCGAGAGAAGAGAACGACUUGAAAGUAUCGCCAAAUUGAAUCCUGCCGAUUUUGGAAGUAAAAACGAGAGACAGUGCAUUUGUGAAGUCCAAGGCCAACAUCCUUGUACAGGACUUUUGCGUGCACCGCAAUGUGUGACCGGAAAAUGGCGAUGGAAUCAUAAUUUAAUUUAG